CUCGCUCCGUCGACGACGGUGGCGCCCAUUAUGAAAUUGUCCUUGGCCCUGCCGCCGCUGCUGCUGCUUCUUCGCGACGCGCACGGGGCCCACCCGCGGCUGGCUGUCGCGUCAGCGCCGCGGUCGGAGCAGCUGCGGCUGAUCCCGCGGCCAGAGCGGCUGACGGAGCUGCUCAGAGUGCCGGAGCGGCUUCGCGGCGGCGGCGAGGAGGCCGAGGAGGCCAAGCCGGCGCACGAGGUGCAGAGCAGAAAGCGGCUGACCGUGGCCGAGACCGAGGCGGCCGACCCGUCGUCGCUGAUGCUCAGCGCCGACGCGCUCGAGUCGCUCGGCCUCGCGGGUGGCGAGCCGGUGCUGCUGCGCGGCGGCAAGCAGCGCAAGACGGUUUGCGUGGCGGUGGGCUCGGAGAAGGGGCUGUCGGAGGACGACGUCAAGCUCUCCGCCGCCGCUCGCGCCAACCUGCGCCUCUCCGCCGGCGACGCGGUCGUCGCGACGCCGAUGCGGGACCUGCCCGAGGCGGAGCGAGUGGAGCUGUGCCUGAUCAGCGAGUCGGCGGCGGGGUUCGAGGGCGGGUUCGAGGAGCGGUUCGGCGGCCUCACGUCCUACUUCAAGGACAUGGGCAGGCCCGUCACCGAGGGAGACGUCAUCGAGACGGAGGUCGACGGCCAUACGCUGCGCUGGAAAGUGAUGGGGGUGGAGGUGCCCGAGGGUGACGCGGCGCUCUCCGCAUCCGGCAUCGUCGGCGCGGAGACGGAGAUCUUUGCCGAGAACGAGAUCAGCGAAGAGGAGGCGGGCGAGGACUCUGCGAUCGGAUACGCCGACAUCGGCGCGAGAUCUAGCCGAGAGAUGGGGAGAGAUGGGGAGAGAUGGGGAGAGAUGGCGCUGCCACGCCUCGGCCUCGUCGCUGCGUCUCACGCGGAGGUGGAGGGCCUGUUGUUCCUGAGGAGGGACCCGCGGGCGGCGAGGCGGCGCGGGCUCGACAAGGAGCUCGCGCAGCUCCGCGAGCUGAUCGACUUGCCGCUCAAGCAGCCAGAGGUGUUUGACCAUUUGGGCGUGCGGCCGGCGCGCGGCGUCAUUAUCCACGGUCCCGCCGGCUCCGGCAAAACGAUGAUCGCGCAGGCAGUCCGGCAGGAGGCUGGCGUGUGGUUCCGCACCGUCAACGGCCCCGAGAUCAUGGCCAAGCGACCCGGCGAGGCCGAGUCGGCGCUGCGCGAGGUGUUUGAGCAGGCCGAGGCCAACGCGCCCGCCAUCAUCUUCAUCGACGAGCUGGACGCGCUCGCACCAAAGCGCGACAAGGCGCGGCGCGGCCCCCGCGAGCUCGAGAAGCGGAUCGUGUCGCAGCUGCUCACCCUGCUCGACGGGAUGAAGGCCAACAAGCGCGUCAUCGUCCUCGCAGCCACGUCGCGGCCCGGCACCAUCGACCCGGCGCUGCGCCGGUUUGGGCGGUUCGACCGCGAGCUGGCAGUCGAGACGCUGCAGUACCCGCUCAAGUUUGCGGCAAAGUAUCACCGGUACGGCCUCUCCGCCUCCAAGGGCAUCCUCUUGUACGGCCCGUCGGGGUGCGGCAAGACGCUCGUCGCAAAGGCGAUCGCCAACGAGGUCAAGUCCAACUUCAUCUCGGUCAAGGGCCCCGAGCUCCUCUCGAUGUGGUUCGGAGAGUCGGAGCAGAACGCCCGCGGCGCGGCGCCCUGCAUCCUCUUCUUUGACGAGAUCGACUCGAUCGCAAAGCCGCGCGGCUCGGGCGGCGCGGGCGGUGGCGAGGCGGGCGACCGGAUCGUCAACCAGAUCCUGACCGAGAUCGACGGCGUCGGCGCCAAGAAGUCGGUCUUCAUCAUCGCCGCGACCAACCGGCCCGACAUGCUCGAUUCGGCGUGCGCGAAGAUCGGCCGCGCGCACUUUGAGGAGGCGAUGCUCACGGCGCGCAAGUCGGUCACCGCGGCGGACGUGAAGAAGUUCGAGCGCUUCCGCCAGUCGAUCAAGGCGGGCAAGUGA